AUGUCUAUCACUGGUGGAUGUUUAUCUGGGUGUUUGUCUGGGUACUAUGGCCAGGGUUGUCAGAUGGAAUGUCCAGCCACAAAGUGGGGCGUCGAUUGUCUCAAGACUUGUAGUUCAUUCUGUCGUUACCCUGAAGUUUGUAGUUCGACAAAUGGUUCUUGUGAUGACGGUUGUCAGGCUGGAUACGCGGGUCCUACAUGCAUCGAUGAUUGUGACCCCACAUCAUUUGGCCAGAACUGCUCCCAAAAAUGCAGCACAAACUGUACAAACCAGAAGUGUAACAACGUUAAUGGUGUCUGCAGCAGCUGUGUUCCAGGGAAACAGGGGGACUUGUGUGAUCAAGAAAAGCCUGAGACGAACAAUAAAAUUUAA